UCUUGCCCAUUUCUUGGAAGACCACAACAUACGAAUGCUAACCAUCCCACAUCAUAUAUACCUUCGAUGCGACGUGAACUAAAACUCGAGGGGAUCAAGCAGCGCAUCACCUCGGCGGUCAUCUUCGCGGCAGCCUUUCUUGACCACCAAACAACUGAGAUUAGAGGACAUGGAACCGGCUGUGAAGAACAAUUCAACCAGUACCAAUCCAACGGGGCUGCUGCAGAAUGAUGAACUGUACAAGUAUAUACUUGACACGAACGUGUACCCCCGCGAAGCAGAAAUUCUGAAGGGACUGAGGAUUGCUACCAUUAACCACCCCCUAUCCUUCAUGUCUACUGCACCCGAUGGGGGCCAGCUCCUCUCUCUGCUUCUGAAGCUAGUGAAUGCUAAGAAGACGAUCGAAGUAGGUGUUUUCACAGGAUACUCUGUGCUCCUCACUGCUCUCUCAAUUCCUGAUGAUGGCAAGAUCGUAGCCAUAGACACAGAUCGAAAAGCUUAUGAGAUUGGACUGCCAUUUAUUAGGAAAGCCAAUGUUGAGCACAAAAUCGACUUUGUCGAGUCUCAGGCUCUGCCUAUUCUCGAUAAGCUCCUGGACGAUAAGGACAAUGAGGGCAGCUUUGACUUUGCAUUCGUGGAUGCGGAUCGUGCCAACCUGAUGAAUUACCAUGAGAGGCUGAUGAGACUGGUGAGGGUCGGGGGCGUGAUCGUCUACGACAACACUCUUUGGGGAGGGACGGUGGUCGUGUCUGACCCCUCACUGAUCCAUCCGUUGAGGAAGCAAGAGCUGCCUCAUGUUAUCGAGUCGAACAAGCUGUUAGCUGAGGAUCCACAGGUCGAUAUAUUCCAAGGCGCCAUUGGAGACGGGAUGACAGUCUGCAGGCGCAUCUACUGACAGCCUCUGCAUACAGACAUGAUUUAUGCCUUAUGCAAUUGUGCCGGUCGAGAAUCAUUUCUUAGUUGAUUGGCGGAGCCGAAGCAAUCACUCGAUUCACUUCCUAUUCAGUGUUUCUCUGACCUCACACAAACAAAAGAACUUCUGUCAAAUAAUGUACUCGAAUAAUGUAUUUCUUGGAGUUUAUGAAUGUUGCUUCUUUGGAUA